CUCAUUAGCUCAAAAAGAGCACUUGUUGAGCUGAAAAAAGAGCAAAAUCAUGAGUUGAGCUCAACGAGCCUCGCAAGAUGAUCAAUACUUAGUUCAACCUCGACUUCCAACUCAGGACUCGGCGCACAGGAAGGGUUAGUAAGGAACAAAAUCAGGGGACCGGGGGUCGUUGAUGGCGGCGGAGACAGGCAGGGGAUACGGGUUUUGCAGAAGAGUUGUGGCGGUUCGAGAGAUGAACCGACGACGUGAGAAUUUUAGGGUGGGUUGAGUUGGGUUGGUUUAAUUGGUUUGAUUUUUAUUUUAUUUUUGUGACGUGGUGUGCUGCUAGAUUGAAUUAAUGGAUUUUCGGAUGGAGAUGGACGGAAUGACCAUUAUGUUGUUUGUUCAAUCAUUUUUUCAUUGAAACGUGUAAAAUGAAAUUUUAGUGACCAUUUUGUACUAAAUGAUAAAUUUUGUGACCGUUUAUGAUAAUUGACCGUUCUCUGGCUUCCCUUUUUUCCUAUUUCACAGCGAUCUAUAUUACUUUACCGUAUCGUUUAUGAUCGGCAUCGAUAUUACUUCGCUGCAAGUUCAGUAUUUGAAGCUCCUUGAAGAAAGUUCGGAACCGAAAAUCCGGAAGGUAAUCUCGCCAUAGCCCGUAAGUGGCCUUGAAUGAUUUUUGAGACUCAGGAUUACAGAUUACUCCUCGCGCAAGAGUCCCGUCGCUUCAUUGGUUCGGUAUCGCUAAACGUACUGUUGAGUGUUGACAAGUCAAAUUCUUUGAUAAGAUCGAAUUUGCCAUAAAACAGUGUCUGGAUUGGGCAAGGCCACUAAGCUCUAUGCUGCUGCUCCUCCCUUCCUGAAUCUGACCACUAUGCCGCCAUUUGCAGGCAUUUGCCGAAACACGUCUCAACGCACGCCAACUGUUCGACAAAAGUCCUCUGUGACGACGAGCACAUGUAGAGGAGGCGAAUCGCUGAGUAUCUCCACCUAGAAAAACUGUGCACCCGUCUGAUCCAUCACCGCUUCUUCUGCGAUCCUCCAUAUGCCGACGUACCCAAGCCCCGGCGGGACAAAUCGGAGAGGAAGCCGUAUGUUACUCCCGUAACAGAGUUGAUUCGCCGGGCUAGGAAAGAGCGAGAAGCCAGAAAGGCACAUCCCGUGAGAAUGCUCGAGGACCCACCUCACAACGGCUUGUUGGUCCCUAAACUCGUUCACGUCGCUCACCGGGUUUAUCUAGCUCGCAAGUCCCUCCUCUCUGGCGUUGCUAAGCUUCUCGCCUCCAUUCCCCUCCUCAUCUGCAAGUUCUGCCCCGAGGUUCACGUCGGCCGUGUUGGUCACGGGAUACGGACCUGCAAUGGCCCGGAAAGUAGCACGCGAAGCGCUACGCACAUAUGGAGGAAGGCAGGAGUCCACAAUGUGGUCUUCUUCCCCAAGUGUUUCCAUCUGCAUGACCGCGUUGGUAAUGCCAGAGUUACCCACAAGGAGAAGCAUCACGUUCCACGGAUGCCCGCCAUUUUGGAGCUCUGCAUCCAGGCUGGAGUCGACCUUGAUAAGUAUCCCACUAAGAGAAGGACCAAGCCUGUUUAUUCUGUGGAAGGCAGGAUUGUUGAUUUCGAGGAAGGAAUGAUGGAAGACGAUGAUGAGCAAAUGAUGACGACGGAGAAAAGAACCACUGUUGUUCGUUCUGAUUGUUGUUCUGUGCACGAUUUAGACUUGAAGCAAACAAGCACUGCGACGAUGGAAUCAUGGUUCCAGAUGUUAGCUGGAGUAAAAGAGUUGAUGGGUAAGUACAGUGCGUGGACGUGUGGUUUUUGCCCUGAGGUUCAGGUUGGUCCAAAGGGACACAAGGUGAGGAAUUGCAGGGCGACAAAGCACCAGGCUCGUGAUGGGCAGCAUGCAUGGCAGGAAGCAAGGAUCGAGGAUUUGAUUGGUCCCAAUUAUGUAUGGAAUGUGGGUAACUUGGAUGGGCCGCCAUUGGAGAAUAGCUUGAAGAGGUAUUGUGGGAAGGCUCCUGCGGUAGUGGAACUGUGUGUACAUGGUGGUGCGGCUAUUCCGGAUGAGUAUCAGAGUAUGAUGAGGGUGGAUGUGGUUCCUCCUGGCCGGGAUGAAGUUGAUAUUGUUGCUUGAUCUUAAUUGAUUGAUUGAUGUGUUUUGGGAAUUUGGAAUUGGAAAUGAAAUUUAGCGAAAAAU